AAACCUGGAAUGAAAUUUAGCGAAGGACGCGUCAAAGGGAAAUCGCGACUUUCUCAUUAACUCAAUUAUGACUGCAUCAUACAUGCGGAACGCCCACAACUUUUUUAAGAACCGGUAUAAUUCAUGAUAAUACAUUUUAUUUCAAUAUUUGAGCAUACGGGAACUCGAUUGUGGUGUUAAAAUCCAACAUCUGCCGAGGCCCAAUGCAUUUCUAGCACAAUAGCCCAAGGAGUCCAAAAUUCGAAACGCGUUCACAACCACCCUCAGAUACGAACUGCAGACUUUGAUUUCACUCCAACAGAAGCUUUACAUAAUCUGCCACAUUUAGCACAUUAUCUAACGCGUGUUAUAUCUCUCGACAUGUAUUUACCACGCUCACAGCUUGCAACACUGUACCUCCACCUCCAAAAGACUCAUCAUCCAUUAUCCCCGCCAGUCCUUAUACUCGUUGCUCUCGAACCCGACGCUUUAUGUGGAUGUCGAAUCCUUACCCAACUUCUUAAGCGUGAUUAUAUUCCACAUAAGAUACAACCAAUUGCCGGAUAUGGGGAUUUGGAGAAAGCGGGGAAGAAUGUUAUACAACCUAUGAUGGAAAACCAGGGUGGUAGCGGGGGAGUUGUGGUUUGCUUGGGUGUUGGAGGUUUAGUCGACCUGGGUGCGCUGCUGGGAUUUGAUUCCGAGGCAGACGAAGCUAGUUAUGGUGGCGUGGAAGUUUGGGUAGUGGAUGCAAGACGACCUUGGAACUUAGGGAAUGUCUUUGGAGGAUUCCCAAUUAUAUCACAUCAAGUGGAGGGCGGGGGAAUUAUAUCCGAGCCACCGAAAGGUGUGGUUGGAGGAAUGAUAGCAAGAAAUUAUAAGCCGGGCAAAGGAGGAAUUAUUGUUUUUGAUGACGGGGAUAUCGAGGAGGAUAUGAAGGCGGAGAAGGAUGCAUACUUGGCACUAGUGGAUAUGCCUGAGAUGGAGGAUGAUGAGGAUGAUAGCGAGGGUAGCGAUACAGAAGGAGACAGUGAUGACGAUGCGGCUUCCCCAAUCAAGAGAUCAAGCAAGAAGAGGAAGUCUUGGUCGGAUCGAGAUGAGGAAGAUGAUACUGAUGUAGAGGAUGAUAGACCACGGCAGAGGCGGAGAAGCAAUUCGGUAUGUAUGCCGUAAUCAGAUAUUGCAUACUGGCUAACCAUUAUUUUAGUCAAGUCCCAUUCCAGAAUCACCGACUCGUGCUCCUCAGCGUGGACUUCUAUCACUCAAUGAUCGAACAAUAUUCUCAAGCGAUUCACGAUCCGUAUCUCCAUCACCCGCACAACCUCCCAAAACCCCUUCCGCAAGAGCCCUACGGCGGAAACUGCGGAAACUACGUCGAAAGAAUGAGAUAGUUCUCCAAACAUAUUAUAACCUCGGUGCGUCAUAUUCGGAGCCAAUAGCUUCGAUGAUGUAUUCAUUAGCUUCAGAGUUGGGAAGAGAAGAUAAUGACCUGCUUUGGAUGACAAUUGUAGGCGUCAGCUCGCAAGAAUUAUAUGGUCGUUCGGCAAUUGGAGUUGCAGUGACUACAGAAAAACCCUCGCCGUCAGGAUGGUUAGGCUCUCGAGGAUCACGAACACGACAACUUCUACGAGAUGAAGUACGUCGCCUUAAUCCUCCAGAACUUUCGGAUUCGACCUUCAAUUCCAACAGAAAUUCGUCACCUGAAAAUAGUGGUAUAAUCCCAACAACAGCGCGAAGUCCAACAGAUACUAGUAUUCGUUUAUCUCCGGAACCAAAAUUUCUUCUUAUUAGACAUUGGAGUUUAUAUGAUAGCAUGUUACAUUCCCCGUAUUUAUCGGCGAGAUUACAUAUUUGGUCGGAUAGUGGACGAAAACGAUUACAUAAAUUACUUGCAAAGAUGGGUGUCAGUCUUGUUCAAUGCAAACAAAGUUAUACACAUAUGGAUAUGGAACUCAAACGCGGACUACGGACAAAACUAUUGAAAUACUCAGAACUCUAUGGCCUAGACGAUCUCGUCCCAGGCACAGACACGGAUGGUAGAGACCGAGGAGGCUCGAAAGAAGGAUGGGGUUUUGUGAGAAGUUGGGGUUGGAAGGCUACGCUUAGUGCACAAGAUGUCGGAGUUGUAGUGGGUGCUAUUUUGGAGGUGGGAAAGAAGGCAGUAACGACUUUAGAGAAUGGGGCUUGGGAUAGAAGUCGAGACACAAAAGAGACGAGUGAUGAGGAUGGGACACUGGAAGGUGAGGAAUGGGUUGGGAGGUUCUGGGAUGCUUAUGAUGCACUUGAGAAGUAUGUUGUCCCUUUAUUUACUGUUUAUCCAGUGGUCAUGCUGGAAUAUGAAAAAGCUCAAGUUGCAUUGUUAACGUUGCUAUGUAAACAGAAUCGAAGAACUCAAACUAGCCCUUCCAAUAGCCCAACAUCUACACCGUGCAAUUCUUCGCACUGGCACUUCUCUAAUAGAAAAGCGCCAAAUCAAACAUCUUCGCGCCUUCCGUAUGGCAGUAGUCAAAGAUGGUCCAGAUGUCCCAUUAUUCACCCAUCCAGCCGCAUUAACAAAACUCGCCCUAUGGAUCGGUGAGGCCAUUGCGGAACAGGAGAGAGAAAGUAAAGGCAAGCUAGGUAAUGGAGGUAGAGGUACACCAUUAGUUGUUGCCGGACUAAAUGAAGGCAGAGGUGUAUAUGUCGUAGUUGGUACAGGUGGUGGAGGCGGAGGAAUAGGGGGCUGGGGCUUUGGCGACAAAAAAGCCGCGAGAGAGAAAGCUAAGAAAAAUCAGGAAAAAGCUGCAGCGAGAGAACUGAGGAGGAAAAACAAAGAGCAAAUCAGAGAAGAGAAAAGAGCAACUAGACGAGCAGCUCGAGGUGAAGAGGAUGAUGGUGAUGAGGAUGAUGAAACGGAAGAAGAAUCUUCGGAAUCAGAAGAGGAAGACGAGGAGGAAGAGGAGGACGAAGAAGAAGCGGAGAGAGGAAAAGGAUUCGGAAGAAACAAAUUCGGCAAUGCUUUUCAAGAGGUGGUGGAGGAGACGAAUGCGAGGGUUAGAAUUGAUAGUUUCGAACAUUGCGUGGUGGAGGUCAAGAAGGAGGAUUUGGGAGGUUUUCUAGAGAGUUUGAGUUUGAGGGCCGUUGUUGGGUAGGGACUGAAAGAGUAUUGCUGGAAAGAGUCAUGAUGGUAUAUUGCAUGGAUACGUAUUGGAGAUUACGGAGCGGCAUGGGAGGGUUUAAGCUGUAGAUAAUGAUUACGAAAGCUUGGUUAGCUGGGAUCAAUGGGAUUGUUGAAUACAUUGCAUGGCAUGGCAUGGCAUGGUAUGGAUUGAUGGAUCGCGGUAGGGCGAAAGGUCUGGGGUUUCUUGCUUAUUUGAUGGGAAAAGAGCGAGCAUAUCAGGGUUUAUAUAUUGUAUAAGUGUAUUGGUUGGUACUUUCUUCAUAUGGAUAGCGUGAGGAAUGGAUGGGUUGGUAAAUGAAUGAUACUCCUGGGUUUAGUGAACAAUUGGAUUGAAUUGAAUAAUACAUAUAAGAUCAAUGUGGACGAGAGUGAAUGAAAUAAAUAAAUACGUUUGCUAUGAAAUUUAUAUGA